AUGGUUCUACUCACCCAUGUCCUGCGUUCGCUAUACGCCGAUGGCGGCGGUGGCUCAAUCGCUCGCCGCUGGGAGUUCCAGGAGGAAGAUCCGCUCAAGGGUAGCGACCGGUCGCUCUUUAUUGCUAUGGGUAUCAUUGCCCUCUGCUCAUUAGGUUCCACUCUGGGACUUCUGUCGUUCCUUACCUAUCGCUUUGUGUACUGGCAGCGGUAUUACAAGCAUCCCCUCGCUAAAAACCAAUAUGUCGUUUUGAUUUACAAUUUGCUACUGGUUGACCUGCAACAGGCAAUCGCUUUCACAAUCAGCCUAUACUGGGUGUCGCGGGGCAGUGUUCACUUUGGGGAGGCUGCCUGUUACUUGCAAGGCUGGUGGAUUCAAACCGGAGAUCCUGGCAGUGGUCUAUUCGUCCUGUCCAUCGCUCUCCACACCGGCUUUGUCGUGCUCCGUGGUCGACAGCUGCCCUUCCACAUUUUUGUAUACUGUGUGAUUGCCUUAUGGGUGUUUAUUCUUAUCCUGGGAUUCAUUCCAAUCGGUCUGUAUGGAUCCAAGGCCUUUGUGAUCUCUGAAGCCAACUGGUGUUGGCUGAGUCCAUUAAACGAAAGUGAGCGUCUAUGGGGUCACUACUUCUGGAUUUUCCUCUCCGAAUUCGGUACCAUUGUCCUUUAUGCGGUCAUGUUCUUCUACCUCCGGCGUCGUAUGGCACAAGCAAAGAUGCUCCGCCGUGGCCAACAAGAGUCUCUCCACCGAUUGAACCGUGUCGUCGUCUACAUGGUUAUCUACCCCCUCGUCUACCUGGUCAUGUCGCUGCCUCUCGCCGCGGGUCGUAUGGCCAGUGCACGGGGUGACUCGCCUAGCAAGACCUACUUCGGUGUCGCCGGUUGUCUGAUGGCCCUGUCGGGAGCCAUGGACGUGGCUGUCUACACUCUGACUCGUCGCCACCUGCUUAUCGACACCGAGCACAGCACCACCGACCACAACUACGACAACACCGACUCCCAAUGGCAAACCAACAUCACCACGAAUGCUGGAUCCCGGUCGCGCAAGACCUUCAAAAAGGGAUCAAAGCUGGGCUCGAGAUUCCGCCGCAGCCAGGCCGCCGACAAAGAAUCCACCGCCAAUCCAUUCGAGGGUGGCUCUACCGAAGAUAUCGUUGCGAAGCACGACAUGGAAAUGUCCAACUUUGGUGGUGUGUAUCAGGAGACCACCAUUGAGAUCUCUCAUGAGCCUGUCUCUGAGAUUGAAGCUGAGGAACGAAGCGCGCGUCGCAGCAGCUAA